AUGACUCGUACAGCUGAGUAUAAACGACAUCUCCGUUCCAACACUUUCGACAUUGAAAAGGCUUCGAUCAUUUUUCUUGAAGGACAUGUGAAAUAUCUUCAACGUAAAUAUAGACGUCAAGAAAUAAAAAUUAAUGAACUUGAAUCACGUCUAAAAGAUUUCAAAAAACUCAAAGAAGAUGUUAGAAAACUUAAAAACCAAAUUGAUAGUUUAUUAAACGUAAAUGAGGCGUUAAGAAAUAAAAGUGCUGAUUUAAGUAGUGUAAUAGAUUACGGAUUUAACUUGACAGCAAAUUCUGUAAAAAAUGCAGAACUAACGAUUUUUUUUCGAAAAAUGAAAAAGUUAUUUGAAACAUACCAAAAUAAAUACAAUGAAAACCAAAAUGAAUACGAAAUAGAUAUUGGUUCUUUGCGAAUAUCUGAAAUUAUCGAUAAUGUGAAAUGGAAGGAAUUAAUAUCAAAUAAUACUAUUCUAGCUGAAAUUUGUUCGUAUUUAACUCCAAAAGAUUUAUUUUCUUUGACACAAGUUGAAAAAUUGUUAUUUGGAAAAUUACAAGAUGAAUAUUAUUGGAAGAUAUCUAGACAACAACAACCAAAUUAUAAUCACAAAUGUCCUAUUCAUAUGACCGAACAGCAAUAUUGUUUCUUAAACUUUAUGUGUCAAAGAUGCCAAUUUUGCAGGCGUUCUGAUUUUUCUUUAAUCCUUGAACUGAAAACCAAGAUUUGUUCUGAGUGUCGAGAACAAGUGUUAAUAAGUCGUUUUGAAAUUGAGGAAGAAAAUCGUAUUCCAUCCGAACUCUUUCCGGCAUUCCAUUCAGUUGAUUACGCACAGCUUGAUGGAAGAUACUUAGAUUAUUCUGUGCUUCAUUAUUUGAAAAGUGAAGUCUACGAUACCUUUGACGAGUAUCUUAAAAUUCCUCAAAACGAGAAGCAAGAAUGGUUAAAUAAGAAGUCAAGGGUCGUUAGUGAAUAUUACAACGAUGUUUUAAGGAUAAAGCAUCAGAAUAUAACAAAUCAAUAUCUAUCGCCAGAAGCUUCAUUGCAUUCCCAUACCCAAUUAACUCGUCUAGAUGCAUUUUGGAUUCCUUAA